AUGAGUAGCACUGGAGGACUUUAUAGAAGACCGAUUAACAAAAGCAAGAUCCGAAAGAGGGAGAGAGACAGCGAUGUAAAAGAAGAAAUGCGUGAUAGAGAAAAAAGCAGUGAUCACAGUCGCAGUCGUAUAAGUAGAAGUGAUUGGGAUUCUACACCAACAAGGUCGAUCACACCUCGAUUCUCUGGUGGUGGCUUAACUUCUCGAAAAGAAUAUCAACCCAUGAGGGAUUUUCCAACUCCCCGACUUGCAUCGUUUGAUAAUGAUAUGGAAUUUGCAUAUAAUCAAGACGAUGAAGACAUAAGCCAUGAUAGACGCGAGUGGGAAGAAGAGCAACGGCAACUAGAUCGUGACUGGUACAGCAUGGAGGAAUCGUCUGGUGCAAUGGACGAUACGCACAAUCCUUUUGCUGACUAUUCGGACUUUGUUGAGAAAAAAGAGGAUGAACUCGCUCAGAGACAGCUUAAAAAGCUUACUGCAAGACAGGAGCAGUAUAACAAAGAUAAUGAACUCUGGGAAACAAAUCGUAUGCUUACUUCCGGUAUCGUGCAGAAGAAAGAAAUUGAUUUGGAUUUCGAUGGAGAUUCGGAAGCACGUGUGCAUUUGUUAGUACAUGAUAUUAAACCACCAUUUCUUGACGGUCGCAUGGUUUUCACAAAACAAUUGGGAACUGUACAAUCUGUAAAGGAUCCUACUUCCGAUCUAUCUGUCUUCUCUAGGAAAGGGAGUCAAUUAGUAAAAGAAAAGAGAGAACAAAUAGAACGUCAAAAGGCAGCCAAGAGUGUUGUAGAUGUUGCAGGCACUGCCUUGGGUAACAUUAUGGGAGUUAAAGCUUCUGAUGAAGACUCUGCAGCACCGCCUACAAAUCCAGCAGGCGAGAUGGAAACUCCUAAGGGUGAUUCACAAUUUGCAUCACAUUUAAAGGCAUCCGAAGCCGCCAGUACCUUUUCUAGGUCAAAAACUCUUCGUGAACAACGAGAAUAUUUGCCUGCUUUUGCAGUUCGUGAAGAACUAUUGAGAAUAAUUAGAGAUAAUCAAGUUGUUGUCGUGGUUGGAGAAACUGGUUCCGGUAAAACGACACAAUUGACACAAUACCUUCACGAGGAUGGAUAUGGCAAUUAUGGCAUUAUAGGUUGUACGCAACCUCGUCGUGUUGCUGCCAUGUCUGUUGCGAAGCGUGUUAGUGAGGAAAUGGAAUGCAAACUUGGAACGACUGUGGGAUAUGCUAUUCGUUUUGAAGAUUGUACUUGCGAAAGCACAAUAAUUAAAUACAUGACAGAUGGUGUGUUACUACGUGAGUCACUUAAAGAACCUGAUCUUGAUCAUUAUAGUUCUAUUAUAAUGGAUGAAGCUCAUGAACGAUCUUUGCAAACGGAUGUUAUAAUGGGAUUAUUAAAACAGGUACUUACGCGUCGGCGAGACUUGAAACUAAUAGUUACAUCUGCAACUAUGAAUGCUGAAAAGUUUUCAUCAUUUUUUGGAAAUUGUCCCACUUUUAAAAUUCCUGGUCGUACUUUCCCCGUGGAAAUAAUGUUCAGUAAAACACCAUGUGAAGAUUAUGUAGACAGUGCCGUAAAACAAGUACUUGCAAUUCAUCUCGGUCAUCCAGCAGGUGACAUAUUAGUGUUCAUGACUGGACAAGAAGAUAUAGAGAUAACUUGUAAAGUAAUUACAGAACGUCUACAACAGUUGGAUAAUCCACCAGAAUUGGCGGUUCUCCCUAUUUAUUCUCAACUACCUGCCGAUUUGCAAGCUAAAAUAUUUGAGAAAGCACCUGAUAAUGCAAGAAAAGUUAUUGUCGCAACAAACAUCGCAGAGACUUCACUAACCGUUGACGGUAUUAUGUAUGUCGUCGAUACUGGAUUUAACAAACUUAAAGUAUUCAAUCCAAAAAUUGGUAUGGAUUCUUUACAAAUCACUCCAAUAAGUCAGGCAAAUGCAAACCAGAGAUCAGGUCGUGCUGGGCGAACUGGAGCCGGAACGUGCUACCGCCUUUAUACUGAACAUGCCUAUCAGCACGAGAUGUUUAUGAAUACUAUACCUGAAAUUCAACGAACAAAUCUGGCUAAUGUUGUACUUUUACUCAAGUCAUUGGGUGUUAAAAAUUUGCUAGACUUUGACUUCAUGGAUCCUCCUCCUCAGGAUAACAUACUAAAUUCAAUGUAUCAAUUGUGGAUUCUCGGAGCAUUGGAUAACACUGGAGAAUUGACACAACUGGGUCGUAGGAUGGUUGAAUUUCCAUUGGAUCCUUCAUUAUCAAAGAUGUUAAUUGUGUCUGAAGAGCUUGGAUGCACCGCUGAAAUUUUGACAAUUGUAUCUAUGCUUUCUGUACCAUCGGUAUUUUAUAGACCAAAAGAGCGAAUGGAACAGAGCGAUGCAGCAAGAGAAAAAUUCUUUGUACCGGAAAGUGAUCAUUUAACACUUUUACAUGUCUAUACUCAAUGGAAGUCUCAUGGUUACCGUGAUGAAUGGUGUAUAAAACAUUAUAUUCAUUCCAAGGCAAUGAGAAAGGCUCAGGAAGUACGGUUACAAUUGCUGGAUAUCAUGAAGGCUGAAAAAAUGGAAAUUGUAUCUUGCGGUACAGAUUGGGACGUAGUACGCAAAUGCAUUUGUUCUGCAUAUUUCCAUCAAGCUGCAAGAGUUAAAGGAAUUGGUGAAUAUGUAAAUUGUCGUACAGGCAUGCCAUGUCACCUUCACCCUACAAGCGCAUUAUAUGGACUUGGUUAUACACCAGAUUAUAUUGUUUACCAUGAAUUGGUGAUGACGUCAAAAGAGUACAUGCAAUGUGUGACAGCAGUAGAUCCAUAUUGGCUUGCUGAAAUGGGUCCUAUGUUUUAUUCGAUCAAAGAAAAGAAUUUCACGCAAAAGGAAAAACGUGCAGCAAAUAGAGCCGAGAUGGCAAGAAUGACAAUGGAAAUGCAAAUGAAAACUGCUCGAGAAAAGGAAGAGGAAGAAGCCAAAGAAUUACAACGUAAAGCUAUGGCCACGCCUAAAAAUUCAAAAAUUGUAAUACCAGGUCGGAGAGAGCCAGGUGUGCCUCGUAGAAAAAGGGGAUUCG